UAACUUUCCCUGUAGAAAUUUCAAUUAUUCUCCCUCGCUUUCAAUUCUCAAUUUCAGCUUUAAUUCCCUCCUCAACGACCUACCACCGUCCCGUCAACCAUUAUUGCAGUAGUUAUUCUUCUAGGGUUAUUCGUAAAUCUCUACCGCCUUCCACAGCAUCUUCCUCAUCAUUUAUGUCAUUCAAAAUUGGGGUUUGGAUUUAUUUUUUCAAUUCCAUUUCCUCCGCUCUCUCUGUCUUUUCUUCCUCUCUUUCCUGCCAGUCUUGAUACUUUCUGCUCCCUUCUCUACUAAUUUACCACUGGGUCGUCAUUCGGGGAAGCUUCGUUCUUCGGCAGAUUCCUGCAUAAACCCCGGAGUUUCGAACUAUUUGCUUUCUUCAAUCCUAUUCCUUUGGGGUUUCUUUCAUGUGACGUUUCAAAUUGACUUCCUUUUCCUGCCGGCGCAUCAUUUUUCCUUUGUUUGAAUUCAAAUAGCUUCUGGAUUCAACUCAUUCUGAGGUGGGUUGGUUGAAAGUUUAGGUCUUUCUACAGGGAGAGAGAGAGAGAUGAGGCUAGUGGUUCGAGUGAUAGAGGGGAGGAAUUUGCCGCCAAUGGAUCCCAAUGGGCUGAGUGAUCCGUACGUGAAGCUCCAGCUAGGGAAGCAGAGGUUCAAAACUAAAGUGGUGAAGAAGAACUUGAACCCAACUUGGGGGGAAGAGUUCAGUUUCAAGGUCGAGGAUUUGAAAGAAGAGCUUGUGAUCUGUGUGUUGGAUGAGGAUAAGUACUUCAAUGACGACUUCGUUGGGCAGCUUAAAAUCCCAGUCUCCAAAGUUUUUGAUUCCGAAAACAAGUCUCUUGGCACUUCUUGGUACUCUCUCAAACCCAAAACUAAGAAGCCCAAGAACAAAGACUGUGGUGAAAUUCUUUUGACGAUACUGUUUUCGCAAAACAAUGCAUUUCUUGAGAUGGAUGGCGAUAUUGACUACCACAGUUCGAGCUUGAAGAAGAAUGGAGAUGUUGUUGGAACAGAAUCACCAUCUAGGUCGGUGAGUGGAGGAUCCAACAUUUCGAUAUCUUCAUCAAUAUUACAAGAAGUUUUAUCCUCCAAGGAGGAGAAGUUGCCUCCUGCUGCAAAGUCUUUUGCCGAGAGAAUUGCUCAAAUGUUCAACUCUACUUCGGCAUCCACGAGUAAAGCUACUGAUGUCUCAGAGCCUCAAGAACCUGUGGUGGCGCCUCCUGAGGUCCCUGAUGAAAACAAGAUUGAGGAUCAAGAAUUAUCUGGUAGCUUUGAUGAGUUUAUGAAAGAAAUGCAAUCCAGAGAUGUUGGAAAUGAGACACCAAGCAAUUUAGCAGGAGGUGUCCUGCUUGAUCAAGUAUAUGCCAUCACACCCGAGAAAUUAAACUGGAUUAUCUUCUCGCCUGAUUCAUGUUUUCCCAAAACGGUGGCAGAAGCUCAGGGUAACACUGAGCAACAGUUUGGUCCUUGGAAGUUCGACAGUGGCAGUGACAGCUUGAAAAGAGUGGUCACUUAUAUCAAGGCUCCAAGCAAAUUGAUCAAGGCUGUGAAAGCAACAGAGGAGCAAACAUAUCUGAAAGCAGAUGGGGAAGUCUUUGUCGUCUUAAUUAGUGUCAACACUCCGGAUGUCCCUUACGGAAGCUGUUUUAGGGUUGAGUUGCUUUACUGCAUUACUCCGGGCCCUGAGGUGGCAUCAGGAGAGCAGACUUCACAAUUGACAAUAUCCUGGCGUAUGAACUUCUUGCAGAGUACUAUGAUGAAAGGAAUGAUUGAAAAUGGAGCUAGACAAGGCCUAAAGGACAGCUUCGAACUAUAUGGUUCUGUGUUAUCACAACAUGUGAAGCCGGUUGAUUUGAAGGACAUGGUAUCUAACAAGGAACAGGUUUUGGCAUCACUGCAGAUAGAACCUCGGUCGGAUUGGAAGUUGGCUUUACAAUAUUUCGGCAAUUUUACAGUGGUGUCCACGGUCUUUAUUGGUGUUUAUGUGCUGGUUCAUAUAUGGUUAGCCAUGCCUAGCUCGAUUCAAGGGCUAGAGUUCGUCGGGCUGGAUUUGCCAGAUUCGAUAGGUGAAGUCAUCGUGUGCGGUAUCCUGGUUCUUCAAUGUGAAAGGGUGCUGGAACUGCUGUCCCGGUUCAUGCAGGCCAGAGUGCAAAAGAGCAGCGAUCAUGGAGUCAAAGCACAAGGAGAUGGGUGGGUGCUCACUGUUGCGUUGAUGGAAGGAAGUAAUCUGCCUGCUGUUGAUUCAAGUGGGUUCUGUGAUCCAUACGUUGUGUUCACUUGCAACGGGCAAACGAGAACCAGCUCGAUUAAGUUCCAAAAGUCUGAUCCACUCUGGAAUGAAAUAUUUGAAUUUGAUGCCAUGGAAGAUCCACCUUCUGUGCUGGAUAUGGAAGUGUACGAUUUUGACGGGCCAUUUGAUGAAGCUAUGUCUUUGGGAUACGCUGAGAUAAAUUUCUUGAGAUCUGAUAUAUCAGAUCUUGCUGAUGUGUUGGUUCCUCUCAAAGGAAAGUUAGCACAAGCUUGUCAAUCUAAGCUCCACUUGAGAAUUUUCUUGAACAAUACAAAAGGCAAUAAUGUUGUGAAGGAGUACUUAAGCAAGAUGGAGAAAGAAGUGGGCACAAAGAUAAAUGUACGUUCUCCUCAAACAAACUCUGCGUUUCAGAAGCUCUUUGGGCUUCCAUUGGAAGAGUUUCUCAUCAAUGACUUCACCUGUCACUUGAGACGCAAAAUGCCUUUGCAGGUGUGUCUACAGGGUCGACUCUUUCUGUCAGCAAGGAUCAUAGGAUUCCAUUCGAACUUAUUUGGCCACAAAACAAAAUUCUUCUUCCUUUGGGAGGACAUAGAAGACAUUCAAGUUUCUCCUCCCACUCUCGCGUCAAUGGGCAGUCCGAUUGUCGUUAUAACUCUUCGCAGAGGCCGCGGUAUGGAUGCUAGACAUGGGGCGAAAAGCAUGGAUGCCGAGGGGAGAUUGAAGUUCCAAUUCCAUUCAUUUGUAUCAUUCAAUGUUGCACAUAGGACAAUCAUGGCAUUGUGGAAGGCCAGAGCACUAAGUCCGGAGCAGAAGGUGCGGAUUGUUGAAGAAGAAUCAGAGACCAAAAUCUUGCAUUCUGAAGAGUCUGGUUCCUACUUGGGUACUGAGGAUGUCAGCAUGUCAGAGGUUUAUUCAUCUUCCUUAUGUGUACCGACCAAUUUCUUGAUGGAGUUGUUUGGUGGCGGUGACUUGGAGCGUAAAAUCAUGGAGAAAGCCGGUAGUCUUAGUUACUCGUACACCCCAUGGGAGUCGGAGAAACCUGACGUAUACCAGAGACAAAUCUAUUUCAGAUUUGAUAAGAGCAUAUCACGCUAUCGAGGAGAGGUCACCAGCACACAGCAGAAGUAUCUACUUCCUGAUAAGAAAGGUUGGAUGGUGGAGGAAGUUAUGACACUUCAUGGUGUACCACUUGGCGACUAUUUCAAUCUUCACUUGAAGUACCAGAUUGAAGACUCGCCCAUAAGUCAGAAAAGCUGCAAUGUGCAAGUUCUCUGUGGGAUUGAAUGGUUGAAGAGCACCAGGCACCCGAAGCGCAUGACGAAGAACAUCUACUCCCAUCUGGAAGAUCGCUUGAAGGUUAUGUUCAGUGUCCUCGAGAAGGAGUAUGCAAAUGUAUAACACAUGAAUGCCGGUUCUUCUGCCUUCUGCAACAUUCAGUCUGCAUGAAAACUGAAAUAUUCCAUUAAUCAUGUGGAUUGAGACAGGGGGAAAAUGGCUUACAAUGGUCAGUAAAUAUCUGUACAGUUGACAUACAUGUUCUGCAGCCUCUUGUGUGUUGCACAGGGAAAACAUAUAUCUGGGUAAAUGCGGGUUUUCCAGCUUGCAAGUGAUGGAAGAAAGCCAGGGCUGGAGAAUAAUGUUUGUUAUCAUGUUGUUUGUAGGUUAGUGUAUUGAGGUUGUUGUACUGUAAAUUAAUUUAGGUUUUAGAUUGCUUGUUGCCGUUUGCCAACAAUAUGUUGAAGUUGUAAUUGUGAGAGAGGUGGCAUUUUCAUGAGGUACU